AGGCUAGGGGUUUCCAGUGGAACCCCAGGGAAACGGGAUUCGGCAUGGCGACCUCCUGGGCGGGGAAGACGAUCGUGUUUGUCACUGGGAACGCCAAGAAAUUGGAGGAGGUCAUUCAGAUUAUAGGAGAUACGUUUCCAUGCACUCUGGUGGCUCAGAAAAUUGACCUGCCCGAGUACCAAGGAGAGCCCGAUGAGAUUUCCAUCCAGAAGUGCAAGGAGGCGGCUCGCCAGGUCCAGGGGCCCGUGCUGGUGGAGGAUACCUGUCUGUGUUUCAAUGCCCUCGGGGGGCUCCCUGGCCCCUACAUAAAAUGGUUUCUGGAGAAGUUAAAACCUGAAGGUCUCCACCAGCUCCUGGCCGGGUUUGAGGACAAAUCAGCCUAUGCGCUCUGCACAUUCGCACUCAGCACCGGGGAUCCCAGUGAGCCCGUGCUCCUGUUCAGGGGCCGGACCUCGGGCCAGAUCGUGGCACCCCGAGGCUGCCGGGACUUUGGCUGGGAUCCCUGCUUCCAGCCCGACGAAUACAAGCAGACGUACGCCGAGAUGCCCAAGGCUGAGAAGAACGCCAUCUCCCACCGCUUCCGGGCCCUGUUUGAACUGCAGAAGUACUUUUGCAGCCUGCCUCCCCAGAGGGCCGGAGGGGGCCAGCCGGGCAGGGAAUCUGGGGAGGGCUAGGCCGAGAGCUCUCCUCAGCAGACACUGCUCUGAGCUCCCCGCGUGGGAGGCAGCUUCACCGGGCCCUGGCGGAAGCAACAGGCACU